CAGAGGCACCCCCAACCUCGCAAUCCCCACAGAUCGGAAGUGGAAGGGGGGUCAUGUAAGGGAAAACACAAAAUUCAGGCAGCGGAAGUUUGUAAUUAUAAUGGAAUGUAUUGCUUUAAAAUACCGGAUAUGUAUUCAACUAUAGAACAACAUUUCUCAUGUUGUAGAUAAACGCAAUACAUUAACACUUUAACAAAAUAAGGGAGGUACAGGAAGCCGAAGUUUGAAAGAAAAAUACUAUAUUAUCAGUUGCACGGAAGUAAUAACAAAAUAUGAGUUGGUUUGGCAAAUAACUUGUUUAGCCUAGGCAAGGCAAGGUACACAGAGAGGGCUGGUAAAGAUAAAGACCCACCCUACGAUGCUCUAGUUCAACGCUUGUCUUUAGUUCCCUCAUUCGAGGAAAAGGAUCCGUAGCCUAUCUAACAUGUAUCUCUGCUCUAUAUUUCUUCAUGCUCUGUAUUUUCUUAAUUAUUGGUUCGUAGCUCUACAAGGGUCAGAACUUAAUUUGUCUACUGUUUUUUUGCUCAAGGGAAAUGAUUUAUUCAUGGAAUUACAAACGCAGAAACCCGCCGGUCAGUUAACAUGGCAAUUUAAAAAAAUAAGAAUAUUAAGACAUAAUCCCAAAGGGGAUACACAAAAUUUCUAUGGCACACGGGCAGAGUUUUCAACAAAUAAUUAUUCAUUGCAAAUAAAAAAUGUAGGAUUGAAUGACAGUGGACUUUACGAAGCAUUAGAUAUUAGUGGUCAAAAAGAUGAAGUUAUUGCUGGAUACCACGUCACAGUUCAAGAGCAGGUAUCACCAGUGCUCCUGAAUGUGUCGUCUGUGUCUCCCAGUCCUGAAUCCUGUAAUGUGACCGUGACCUGUAGCACUCAGAGCUCCUCCUUAAACUCCACCUUCACGUGCACCCCACGGACCUGCUCUGAGGAUGGAGGAGACCCAGAAGAGGUCGUGACCUCCGAUGCCCGGCUCAACCUCUACCUGUCAAAUGGUUUGAUCGGCAUCUGUAACCAUAGCAACAAAGUGAGCUGGUCAAACGACACGAUGGAGAUUAAACCUCUGUGUUUUAAAGAUGGUAUGAAUGCCAUCAGCAGCCCAAGAGUUCCAUUAAUUAUAAUUUCAAGCUGUCUAGUGGGCAUCAUCAUGGCAAUGUGCACUCUGGGAAUUUGUUAUUGCAAAUGGACGAAAAAUAACCACCCUACCGAUAACCGGGAAACCCAUUCUCCUGGUAGCGAAGACCAGAGUCCAAACUGUGACCAGUCUCCCACCGUCUACAGUAUGUUAGGACCCUCUUCUCUCCCUUUAGAACCCAUUCCCCCUCAAACAGCCUCACCCGAAAGUAUUUAUGCCCAGGUUGACAAGCACGGACGUGUUUAGAAGGUGGCUGGUUCAAUCAGGGGCGUAGCACCAAACUCUGGGCCCUAUAUACAAGAAGUCCUGAUGCUUUCUGAGCCGCAAGUGAGCCUAGUCGACGCUGAUUGGAUACGGUUGAGGCGGGAUAUGACGUGAGAACGAUGUAUGAUUAAAGGCGCGCUCACAGUCCUUAGUGGUAACGAGACGCCUCGUCGGUGACGACGCUGACGCUUACUUACGCUUGUUUCCGAUAGCAACCGUUCAUGUGCACUGCGUUGGGAAACUAAAAGUUCUUCAGAGCAGGUUUUUUUUUGUCUGAUAAAAAACGGUCAGAACUAAACUGAACUUAGUAGGAUCAGUUUCAAGUUUGAAUGCCUUUAUUUCCUUGUAGCCUUUCACCUGCUAUCAUUUUGCUUUUAUUUAUGAGAAUCACAUUGUAUAUUGCCACUGUAUGGAAGGCAAGGCAAGGCAACUUUAUUUAUAGAUCACUUUUCAUACACAAGGCAGACUCAAAGUGCUUCACAUAUAAACAUUGUCAUAAAAUAAAAUAAUAGACAAGUGAAAGAGAACAUAUGCAAAGAAAUGAGUAAAAUUGAUAAGCAUUUUAGAAAGGGCAAUGUAUUUAGGAUCAGAUCAACUGUCUCUCUGAUACCCACUUCGGGACUCCAUCCCGACCUAAAGGAACUCGGUCCAUCCUCUGGGACUCCACCCCGGAAUCUAGGACUCUAAACCAGAAAGAACGCAGGUCUCAAACCCUUCAAAGUUACCCAGGUCAGGACUCCAACCUGACCUAAAGGAAUUUAGUCCUUUCUCUGGGACCCCAACCCGAUCUAAAGGAAGGCUACACUUGCCUUUAUCUAGAGCUGGUUUACCAGAACACAACGUUUAAAACUGAGCAAAGUCGAUGCCAACCGAACUUACAACGUCAAUCAAUAGUAAAGUAUGUGAUAUGAUGGUUGAUUCUCUUAUAUUGUGUAAAACGUUCAUGUUCAGCCAUGUUAAUGCGCGUCACUAUUAAACUAUACGUCACCAACUGGGUAACUCUGUUAUCAGAAUUCGCAUGAACUAUCUAUAGUUUCUGUAGGCUUUCCGACUAUUUAUGGUCUGUUGACAUCAAAUUUUGGAUGAUCGUGGGGAUUCUAGUCGAGUUUACGUGUCAUGCAACGUUGGGGCAGGGCAGCUCAGCGACCGCGUUCCUCUGUAUGUUUAGCGCAUAACCCUGCAGGCUGCAAUAAGAAAUGCUAUCCGCGCUAAAAAACGGCUGUAUGGUUGUAAAGUAGUCUGCCCCAUGGUCAUAUUCUACAACUGUUGUUGUUUUAACUCAAAUUAUCCCGCCAGUAUCUUUCGUCGUGUCUAUAUCAGAUGCAGAUAUGCCGAGUGGUGCUGCGACCUGUGAUUAACAGUCUGUUGAGUUUCUGUUAAAAAAAACAUUUGAGAGGUUAAAAUUGGAAGAGAAGUUAGCUAUAUAACAAUUUGGCUCAGACAGACCGGACAUAAAAAUUAUCCAACAAACGAAGGAUAGGAGGAAAGAGCAAGUGUGGCACAGGACAAGGGGAUAUAUGGACAACGGGUUUGAGUGAUCUGAAGCAUAUGCACUCCCAUAACUGAUACCUGCACUGACAGUUAGACCUCCUCAUUUUUUGUAAAUGAGGAAGUGUUUCUGCGGUGUUUCGGCUUUUCUUUAUCUUAGUUCUGUUCUCAUGCACCUUGCAUACCACUUCCUCUUUAUGAAAAAAGUAUGGUUGGGGUCAUUGGUUGAAGAAUGUGUUUUUUUAUUUAUUUUUUAAGUAUUUUUUAUUUUUUUACUUUAAAUGUAUCUAAUUAUAAUACAAAGGACAAUCAUUUUCUUUACAAAUGUAAUCCAAAUUCUUUAUUUUAAAAAUAUUUUGUGUUUAUGGAUAUAUAUAUGUGUAUAUAAUAUACAUAUACUGUAUAUACACAUUUAUUUUAAGCAUGUAUUUUUUUCAUUUGUUUUUACUUGUGUUAUGAUGGUAUCCCAGUUUUCUCUUUAGAAAGCAACAACAUUACAACCUUUUAUCUUGGGCCCGUCCACACGAAGCCGAUUUUUUGGUGAAACCGCAUAAGUCUUGUGCGUUUCGGCCGAUCGUCCAGACGGAGCCGGCGAAUCCGCUCCCCGAAACCGCACAUUUCUGAAACCACCCUCGGAGGUGGUUUCAAAUCUAUCCGGACCUAUGCAGUUUCGUGUUAGGAUUUUAUGUGGAUCUGAAACACAAACGAUGACGUCAUUAGCCCCCCACUGGCUGGGGACGUCAGAGUUGCGUUGAAUUUUUUAUUUAUUAUUUUAUUUGUAUUCUUUUUGUAGCUUUAAAUGAAGCCCCUGGAUACAUUGAAAUACUAACUGCACAUUAAAAGUAUUUCUGCUCAAUUUAAAAGGUUGAAUCUC